AUGGUGCUGCUCCGUCUGACCGUCAAGGUCGCCCCCCGCACGCUCGAAGGCGAGGAGAAGGGCGAUGACUUGCCCAAAUGCACCAGCUUCCUCAUGGUGAUACACCGGCCGGAGAUGAUGAGCCUGGGAGAAUUGGGCUGGAAGGUCACAGAGCAGUGGAAGAAGCUACGGCCAGAGGCUGAACCACUUAAGAUCAAGAAGCUCCUAGACGAUAACCACGAUAGCGACGAAUUGGACGCGGAUUUGAGCGUGGCAGACGUGUUUAUCGACAAUGGCAAGGCAUACGCAGACGGACUGGACCAACGCGGCGUCCUACGAGUCCUCCAGGUCCCUACAAGCACACGGUCAACUCGCUACGGCUCCGUUGUCCAGGACUGGGAUACUAUUACAGACCACUACUCUCGUACGGCCGCGCGAGCCUCGAAACGGCGAUUUCCACCAUUCUCAGCAGCGAACGGACUCGAUCAAGCUUCACCUGCGAAAUCUCACGCUCCAGGUGUCAACGGGGAUCCAUUUGAGGUUGCCGAAUCGAUCCACCCACUAUGCUCUAUCGAAGAAGAACCAUCCAAUACAGACACAAAUCGACGGAUAGAACCAUCUCCAGCUCUAGGGGAAUGGGAACCCACCCAAGAUACUGCAGAUACCACCGUUUCGAAACCACGAUCCUCGCCUUUGGACGCCUUACCGGGCUCAGCACGAAUCUCCAGGUACAACCUAUCGAAACAAUCUCAGAAAGAUGACAAUGCUCUCGAUGGCACCCUUGCUGCCGAAAUUCGCACUUCCCUGAAUUCUCGUGAGUACCUAUUUAUGACAUACACCAGCGCAAUCAGCUUUACUGACCUCUACGGCUUGACAGAGCAAGCUGCUAUUCUGAACCCGGUUGAGACCAAAACUUCCACGUCGGCUGUCGAAAGCCGUCCCUCUGGACAUCUUACUCGCUCCGGGGAACACUAUGCGAAGAGGCCACGAGCUACCGAUAGUGACGAACCAUCAGAUCAACCUGCAGCAUCUACAACUAAGCAGACUCGUUCGAAACGUGCUAAACGACAAAAGGUUGCCGAGACGUCAGUUCCAGAGCCAGAGGACGACAAGAUGGCUGACGUCCAGCCUACCGACACUAACAUAGAGAAACAAGUUCAAGCUGACCGACAUGUUGAAAAAGAAAAUGCGAGUGAAAAUAAAGCAGUGAAGGGCAACGCACGAAUGAGCAUAAUAGAUAUGGUUAGGCCAAGUUCAACGGCAAUGCCAGCAGUUAUUGAUUUAACAGGUACACAAUCUACAGCAGGGGAAACGAAUAGUAAGCCGAAAUCAAAUCAGAUAGGCUUAGGCAUCACCGCCAGCCCCCCUAAGAAGCGCACAGUUGACAAAUUAGAUAUCCGAAAAGACAACACCGAUACCUCUCUGACCCCCAAGACCCCACGCCGUCUUAACCGUCCGCGUAUAGCAGCUAUCCAUCGACAAUCGAUGGAUAGCCCCAUGAGUCGAGCAAGCACCGAAGGCUUCCGUGACAUACCCUUUGCGCCGCCCUCUGCGAAGCUAGAUAGGAAGAUAAAACCGAACAGAAAGUCUGAUUCAAAGAAAGCAGCUAAACCACCUAGAGGAACCGAACGCGAGGCAGGAAGGAAGAGUAUCAACGAGAACCAGGGCGAGACGUGGGCCGAUCAAUUUGACGCUUUACAGCCUGGUUGCGAUUUUGAUCGAAUGAUCCCUGAGUUGGAAAACACCAUUUAUGCAGCAAAACGCGCCGAUGCAACUCAACAUCAGAUACCGAAAAUGGAAAAGCUCCUUAGUGAAAUCGUCCUGCUCCAAGAUUCUUACAAUAAAGGCGGACCCUCCCAGGAAAGGUCAGCGAUACGCAAACGAGCGAGGCGGGCAAAGGAUAGCCUUGCUACCCUCGAAGAACCUACGCUUGAUUGGGAAACGCCCAUAGAUGGUGACGAAGAUGAAGAUUCAGAUAUGGUUUAUGGCCCACCCGAAUCAUCUUCAGCAGAUGAAGAAUCCGGUGACGAAGUUGACGGGGAAAUCGAAGCCAAAGCACCAUAUUUGCCCUCUGAGAGCAACCACGAAGCGGUGGAUGACGAGCCAACGAUAGAGCUAGAAGACGAGAAAGAGAGCGAAGACGAGAAUGAAGAAGAAGAGGAGGAGGAAGAGGAUGAUGAACGUGAAGAAGUGGAAGUAGAAGAGGAAGAGGCUACAGACGAGGAUGACGACGUUGAAAUGCGAGAACGCGCAUCUCCUUCACUCUCAGAUGUCACCAGUGAAACAUCAGCUAGGAGGCCUCGGGGAUCCUCUAAAAAAUUAACCCGUGCUAAGUCGUCAUCAGUCUAUUCAGUGUCGUUAUCUGGAUCUGAGGCCCCUGAACUUGAACCUGAGCCUGAGCCUGAAAACGCUGGCAGUGAUAGCGAGAGUGACGGUGAGAGUGUAAGCGAAGAUGAACAGGCCACCCCUCGUGCAACGGCCGGCCUCCGGGACGCAUCUCGUCAGUCCUCAUCCACCCCGUCACGAUCGAAUAAAUCAGAGUCUGUCGAAAAGCCAGGCGAGAAAUCAGAGUUACAAGCCGCACCGGCAUCUGAGGGAAUCACGGAUGUUAGACCUGCGGGAACGCAGGAAGAAGAAUCCAGUACGUCGUCUGAAGGGGAUGGAGGCGAGGAUAACGACAAAAUCGCUAAGGUUGAUAGUAUAUCACAGGAAUCAGAGUCUAGUUCCAGCGAAGAGUCCAACUCAGAAGAGGAAAGCAACAAUGUGGCAAAGGUUGUCAAGCCAUUGGAAAGGCCUCCUUUGAAGAAUGGACAAGUCACUGUCUUCGAAGACAACUCCGAUUCCGACUCUUCCGUUACAUCGGAGGGAUCAGACAUUCCUAGUAAGAAAAUCGAAUCUGACAACGACUCCCCCUUACGAGCUUCAAUCUCAAGCCAACCCAAAAGAUCAGGCGUUGCACCGCCAAAGAAGGCGCAUAUUUUAAAGAGGUCACAGACGCCUCUACAUAAACCCAUUCGCACGUCGAUAGGGUCAGGCCCGGCUUCCAGGAAGAAAAACAACCCCGCGAGCUCUCCCCUCGCCGAGGAUAAAUUUGGAAAAUCCGAGUUCACCACAUUCUCUCAGCCUGCGCCUAUGUCCAUGUGGGCUUCACCUAGAAUAAGCAACGGCUCCAACGCGCAACCAACGCCAAAUAGGAUGGAUCUAGAUCUAUGCUUCACUUUGGUUCAGCCAGCACCCGAGGGCUUCGAGGCGGCCGCUCCGCUGGUCCUGAUUCACGACGGUGGUGGGACAAGUGUCAGCUACUACUACCUAUAUUCCCUUGACCGCGCGGUCUACGCUAUUCAGAACCCCAACUUCUACUCCGGCGAGAAAUGGGAGGAUGGCAUGCCUGAAAUGGGCGUAACCUAUGCGCGAAUGAUACGCGCCCAUAUCCCAUCAGGGCCGAUCUUGCUCGGAGGUGAGAUUUCGCCCAUGAUGAAGUCUUCGAGUCUGCAGGUCAUGGGCAUCGUGAUGAUCGAUAGCGUCUAUCCGUUUGUCCCAAAACCGCCGUCUCGGACGAUUGUUCCGCAUAAGCUACAGUUCGGGAAAUAUACAAAGGAAGAGACACAGCGGCUCUCUGGCAACUGCAUGGCCGAGGCACUUGCUAUGGUGCAUAACUGGACUUUACCGGCCUGGAAAGGCUGCACUGACGAAGAAAUGUAUACUCGUCGGGUUGCCAUUGAAAAGGAGCUGUCAGAGAAGAUGAAAGCAAAACAUCCAGAUGAUCAGACGGAGGAGUACGAUACAACGCCGAUUGGAGAGCUCCCCCUGUUGCCACAGACGGUUCUUCUCCGUUGCAACGAGAGCGUUCCGGUUUCGACGCCAGAAGAUACAACUGCAAUAUGUCGAGUGGACGUGGCUCGCGACAUACAAAAGCUAGGCUGGGAUCAGUAUGGAUACGACUUUAUAACGGCAGUUCUCGAGAUCCCUGGUCAUCACUUCAAUAUCUUUUCUGACGAAUAUGUAAGCUCAAAAUCCCCAUUCCAGUCGGCCUGA